AUGGCCCGCGCGUCUGGGCUCGCCGCGUUACUUCUCUUAUCCCCUCUGUCUUGGGUUACGGGUGUCGAAGGCACUCCGGCCAGCAUACCUGCACCUAAUUUGGAUCUGAGCUCGCUGGGCCAGGUCGCCAUCGCUGGAGAUUUCGACAGCAUUUCCGUUUACGCGUUCGAUGGUCAAAAAGUGGGCUCUGCUGGGAGCAAUGGAAGUGUGUCCUUGUUGACCCGUUCAGCUGGCGGAGCAUUUGCGGAUCUGGGCUUGGUGGAUGCGGACAUCAUGGCCAUGUGCCCUUACGUGAAGCGCGAUGGCACCUUUGUCGGCAUUGUACUUUGCGGAAAUUUCACAAGUGUCGCUGGUGUCCAGGCCAAUUCGGCCGCAAUCUACAGCCCGAAUUCGACGAAUCCAGUAAGGUCAUUGCCUGGUCUUAGCGGGAGAUGCAAUUCAGUACUGUGUGACAGCGACUCGUCCACUGUCUACGUUGGUGGUAACUUCAUGGGAGGCAAUUCGACCAAUGCAUUGCAGUGGACGGACGACUGGAACAAUCUUCCCUUUGCCGGGUUCAAUGGACCCAUCAAUUCGAUCACCAAGAACUCCGCAGGUAACAUUGUUUUUGGCGGCAAUUUUGAUGGCCUCGGCAAUGUCACCACUCCGAAUAUUCGCGACCAGCAGCCUGUCAAUCUUGGAGGAGGCGCUCUGAGCUCCUCGGGAGCUACAACCACAAGUGGCUUCUCCUCUGCCAGCAACAUCGUGUGCAAGACCGCAUCGCAAGCCGGAGCUGGCAAUACCUGGCUUUUGGCAGACAAUACUGCUGGCUGGUGGGAGGGCCAGUUCGGUUUUGGCUUUAACCCGACCAAGCUGCGACUGUACAAUGCCAACCAGGAUGGACGCGGCGCUAAGACAUUCUACUUCGAAGAUCUCAACAGUGGCGGAAUUCUGAACAUGAGUUACGUCGACAGCAAUGGCAAUGCGAGAUCGUGUAUCUUGGACUGCCCUCUUCUCAAUAACAACAAUGCCCAGGACUUCCGCUUCUCACCUGUGGUCGGCAUGAACAUGUUCAGAAUCUACAUUACCAGCUGGUACGGCGCCGGUGGUGGCCUCGGCGGCAUUGAGUUGUAUCAGGACGACAUUUACAGCUUUGCUGUCAAUGCUUACAAUGCACCAUCGUGCCUCAACGCGGGAACCGACUCGUCUUCCGUCGUCACACCUGCCAGUGGCACCUGGAACGAGGUUUCUCUCCGUCGCAGCGCUGACUCUGCAGACUCCGGAUAUCUCUCUGCGAAUCUGACUAGUGAAUCGCAACUGGGAUCGAGCUCGAACAUCGUGUUCCAUCCUAACAUCAAGCAAUCCGGAAACUACUCCAUCACGGUGUGGACACCCGGAUGUCUCCAGGACAACUCGUGCCAGUCUCGUGGACAAGUCAACGUCACUGGUACAUUGACAUCAAGGGGACCAACAUUCGCUUCUACUAUCUACCAGACUAACAACUAUGCGAAGUACGACCAGGUUUACAAUGGUUAUGUCGACGCGUCGAGCUCUUUCCGCCCAACUAUCACCUUGUCUCCCAUUGCAGGGCAGCGUCUUCCGUUGCACGUGGUUGCGCAGAAGGUACGCUUUGAACUGGUUGGUUCUACUGGUGGUCUCAACGGUCUCUUCGAGUACGACCCGAAACAAGCUGUCGUCAGCUCUGACUUUACCAAAUCCGCCAUCGACAUGGCUGGUGCACGCUUGAACCCAGGCGCGUCUGUCCGGUCGGUGAUUUCAUAUCAGGGCUCUACCUUCGCCGCAGGCAGCUUCUCCGCCACCGGUAUCUCAAACGUGGUGCGAGUCGAAAACUCUGCUGCUUCCGUCGCCGGAGGCGGUCUCAACGGACCCGUGCUGAACGCUUACCGGAAUCCUUCGGACUCCACUGUGUACUAUGUCGGUGCUUUCACCUCCACUGCCGACAACUCCGUCGCAGAUCUGAACCGUGUCGCUGCAUACUCGCUCAGCGACAAUAAGUGGUCUUCUCUUGGCGCAGGCGUCAAUGGCAACGUGUCAUACAUCGUUCCGGUCCGCUUGAAUGUCUCCACCAAUGCUCAAGCAGACUGCCUUGCCCUUUCAGGCAGUUUCUCGUCUGUGAAUGCAUUCGCAGGCAACGCAUCAUUUACAGCGUCUGGAUUUGCUGUCUGGGUUCCAUCAAGAAACAAUUGGCUCCACAACAUUGCCGAUGCCGGCUCGAGCGCCAGCGGUCGACUGACUGCUUACACUCUCUCUAACAGCCAGCCAUUCUGGGCUGGUCAAAUCGACUUGCAGACACCGGGUCUGAGUGACGUCGUCGAGCUGAUCGAUUCGGGCUCCUCGUUCCGAUCAUUUGGCCUCAACCUGAAGCCCGCCAGCUCCUCUUCAAACGCUACCACAUCAAGUCUGAGCAAGCGCGCCAUCGAUCUGAGCAACGGCAACUACUCGGGUGUGUACAAGGGCAUGUAUGUGAACAACAACAACCUCAAAAUUACAGCCUUCGGCGGAUCAUUCUCAGCAACAGCCAGCAACGGUUCAGUCAUUCAGGAUCUGGUCUUCAUCAACAACACUGGAUCCAGUCAAGUCAUCACUGGCGUCUCCACGCUCAGCACUGGUUCUAUUGUCAUGGCGAUGGAUGUGCAAUCGUCAACACUCUUCGCUGGAGGUUCUCUGGGGGGUUCGGUGAAUGGUAACAAUGUCAAUGGACUUGUUGCGUUCGACCUUGCAGCCAACACGUUCACCUCUCCCCAACCACCAGUUCUGGGAGGCGACAAUGUCGUUGUCCAUGCAAUUGCGACUCAACCUUCUGGAGACAAUGUCUAUGUCGGUGGUCAGUUCAGCGUUGCUGGCUCUUUGCCAUGUGCGUCUCUUUGUGUGUACAACAUCCAGACCAGGUCAUGGAACAGCCCGGGUUUCGGUCUCUCUGGAAACGUCAACGCUAUGAUUUGGUCCUCUACGACCAUGCUGAAGUUUGCUGGAAACCUGACCAUUGCUGGCGCGCCCGUCAGUGUCGGCUUAUACGACUCCAGCAACCAGACAUUCAUCGCUCACCCCGGCGCUUCGGUCCUGCCUGGUCCUGUCACUGCUAUGUCGUCGGUCAUCGGAGACGAAUUCUGGGUCUCCGGGAUUGCUACCAAUAACGGCUCCACUUACAUUGCCAAAUACAACGGCAACACUUUUGUUAUCGCCUCGGGUCUGGGACAGAACUCCGUGGUCCGCAGUCUGCAAGUCAUCCCGACCACUGCGUCUCAUGAUAACACUGCUCUCAUCGCAAGCAACGAUGUCCUACUCCUCACUGGUACCAUCGACGUUCCAAGCUAUGGCAACGCCAGCUCAGUGCUCUUCAAUGGUACAACCUACACCCCAUACCUCAUCACAAGCAGCAACGACGGCGGCGCCGGCACAAUUGCAGGCGUUUUCGUCAGCGACCCGCGAGGCUUCGGCAUCCACUCCAGCCGGAGCUUGGCCCUCGGCCUUGUCGUCCUCAUCGGUCUGGCAAUCGCCUUGGGUCUCAUCUUCCUGCUUGUCCUCAUCGGCAUCCUGAUCGAACGACAGCGGAGGAGAAACGAGGGUUACGUCCCAAUGCCCACCAGUCGUGGCGGUCCCAACAUUUCACGAAUUCCCCCAAGCCAUCUUCUUGCCCAGCUAGGCGAGAAGGGUCAGGCCCCAAGACUAUGA